AUGCAUACGCAUCUCAAACAAGCCUGGUAUGAUGAUUUGCAAAAUGACCACCCGUUCAAUCUGGAAUCUGCUAGUGCUACUGCGGAUCACCCUUCGACGUUCCGUGCAAUUUCUAUCUUUCCAUGGAACAAAUCUUCGCUGGAUACACUAUGGAAUGGCGAAUUUGCUACGGAGCCAUUGAAGGUUGAGCUAUGGCAUAAGACUCAUGAAAAAUGGUCUGGAAUGGUAGCGGUUGGUGGAGGUUCUGAGCUACGCUUGUUCCUUAGCCGACCACAUCAGCAAUACCUCCCGAUAUGUAAGAUUGAUGUCCCAGAUGUUCAUAUGCGCUUUGGUGAUGAGGAGAAAAGCUUGCCAGAAGAUGUAACGUGUGUAACAUGGUGCUUGGUGCAAAAUGCCGAUGAAUUUUGGCCCUUGGUUGUGUUCGCUUCAAAUGCCAUUAUGUACCUCUUCAACGUCGAAAAGGGCACUUACCACGGUAUCCUAAGGGGCCAUGGAGGAAAAAUUACAUCUCUAGCUGUACAUCCGGUGGAUCCAAGCAUCUUGGCCUCAACAUCAUAUGACCAUACGUGUCGGAUCUAUGACAUUACGAAGAGGGUGGAACAUAAAAUCGACAACCCUCGAUGGCCCGGUAAAUAUAAAAUGGCCAUGGCUGGUGCACCAUUAGGUGUUCGGGCGAACGAACCGGAAGGUGUAGAUUACGGGCGGUGCACCGCCAUACUCACAGGCGAAACGUCUGGUAGUCAUCCGGCUCCGGUUCUUGGUGCCGCAUUCCACCCGCGGUAUCCCAUCAUUGCAACGUGUGGUAUGGACCGUGCAGUCAAAUUGUGGCGGAUUCCGGUGGCCACUGGAGACAAAAUCGCUCGUGAGGAUAGGCCGUUAUUCAGUAGUGCAGAUGUCCAUGAUGCGCAAGUGCUCUCCGUGAACUGGACGGGUGACGACAAACUCUUGACCGUCUGCGGAGAGGCUACCAUGCGGAACGGUGCGACUGACCUCAUCUAUACAGAGCCAGGGACAGUUGUCCUAUGGCAAUGGCUUGGGCUGGAGCUCUUCUUCCCGUCAGGUUGCGAGACAUACCCAGCCUUGCUUCGGGGCUGUUCGACUCCCAAAGCAGCUGUACGUCCACAGACUUCUUCAGACGUAAUUUAUAUUAAUUCAUUGAUUGGGACAGCAUCAUUCAGGAUCAUCUCUAAGUACACCCUUCCUCCACCGCAACUCUCAGUCCCAGCAUUCGUCUUUGAUACACCAAAACAUACACCAUUGAUAGCACUACCUUCUCUUGGCUGUGUUUAUUUGUCGAGUGUACAACACUUCGAACCUCGACCAACUCCAUUUUCCAUCCCUGGAUCCAACUUGCUCACAGACGCAUUAGACAAUCCUCGUCUGGACGUGGACGGACUAGAAGUGACUGGUGUCAAUAAUUUUAAUGCCCUUCCGUGUUGGACUGUCCAAACGAGCAACGGCAAAACGAACAAAGAACAAAUCAGAGAUGGCGAGAGAGGUAUGGAAGCGAAUUUACCCAAACUCGAGGCCUGUACAAUCUCAGAGAACGGUCGUUUGUUAAUUGCGGUAGGCGAAAGGGAGGGGAUAUGGAUAUGGCGAAUUCCUCGUGGCAAGCAAUUCUUACGAGCUCCGACCUCAAGUGAGCGGUAG